AAAAGCGUUCACAUUUUCACAACAUUUCAGCAUGUAUUUGAAUAUGAAAGCUCCUCCCAGAACCCUAUAUAAAGGACUUCCAAAGACUCAGCCUGUUAGUACACCCUACCGGGAUGAUAUAAGGAUGAAGUAAGUCCAGCAGGAGUUCUGAGCCCAGAGAAUGGAGAUGGAGACUGGAGAUGAAAUUGCUAUUGUGGGAAUAGCAUGCAACUUUCCUGGAGGUGAAGGAAUUGACAAUUUCUGGAAAGUCCUGGAGGAAGGCAUAAACUGCACCGUAGAAAUACCCCCAGAGAGGUUUGACACCAAAGAGUGGUAUGAUCCAGACAGUAACAAGCCAGGAAAAGCAUGCACAACACGCGCUGCUCUUCUCAAUGAAUUUAAUACAUUUGACAACCACCUAUUUGGAAUUAAUAAUAUGGAAGCCGAAUCCAUGGAUCCACAACAGAAGUUACUGGUAGAAUGCACAUACAAAGCACUAGAGGAUGCAGGAGUCCCUGUAGAAGCCAUCAGUGGCACCAAAACAGGUGUUUUUGUUGGUCUUAUGAAUCGAGACUAUGAAAUUGUAAGAAGCAAAUCAUCAGAUGAAAUAAAUCAUUAUGCUGGUACAGGAACAGCAAUGAGCAUAGCUGCUAACCGGGUGUCCUACACGUUUAAUCUGACUGGACCAUCGCUGACAAUUGACACUGCUUGUUCAUCAUUUCUUUUUGCUCUGCACUAUGCCUUGCGAGCAAUUAAAUCAGGAGACUGUGAAGCAGCUAUUUGUGGUGGUGUAAACUGCAUAAUAGAACCCUGCACCUUUGUAUCUCUCAGUAAAGCAAAAAUGAUCUCUCCAGAGGGAAUAAGUAAACCCUUCUCUAAAAAGGCAGAUGGCUAUGGAAGGGGAGAAGGCUGUGGUGUUGUUUUCCUCAAACCACUGAAAAAGGCAAUGGAAGACUUCAGCAAAAUCUGGGGUGUUAUAAAUAUCAGUGCAGUAAAUCAGAAUGGUAGGUCUAUAACUCCAAUCACAAGACCAUCUCAAAUAGAGCAAGAGAACUUACUGCGUAGCAUUUAUGAAACUCAUGUCAAUCCCUCCGUUGUGCAGUAUAUUGAAGCACACGGUACAGGAACUGCUGCUGGAGACCCUACUGAAGCUGCAAGCCUAGGAAGUAUCAUUUGUAAAAACAGAUCUUCACAAGCUCCCACUCUGAAAAUUGGUUCAGUGAAAGGAAAUAUUGGCCACACUGAAUCAGCUGCUGGAGCAGCAGGGCUAAUUAAAGUGCUUCUGAUGAUGCAUCAUGGAAAGAUUGUUCCAUCUUUGCAUUACUCAAAGGAGAUGAGCAGCAUUGAUACAGAGAAGUUAAACCUUGCAGUUCCCACAACUGUUGAGCCCUGGGAAGACUCUGGUGAGUAUGGAAGGGUAGCUGGCAUCAACUGCUUUGGAUUUGGAGGAACCAAUGCCCAUGUUGUAGUCAGGCAGGUUAAGCAGCCAGAGCCUCUUCCUGCCUUUAAGAGGCCACUGGAAUUAGUUCUGCUGUCUGCAGCUUCUAGUAAGUCCCUUCAGAUGACAAUCGCAGAUACAGCUGACCAGCUGAGCACAAGAAACUCCAUAACUCUCCCAAGCCUGGCCUAUACCUCUGCCUGCAGAAGAAGCCAUGCCAGCUACAGGUUCCGAAAAGCAUUUGUCACAAACUCUCUCCAACACUUGCAGCAAGAGGUUAUGUCAGCAAGAAGCACUGAAUUUGCCAUGUCAAAGGUGGAGCCACAGCUGGUGUUUGUGUUCUGUGGCAAUGGUGUAACGCUGAAGGAGUUCAGUGAGGCAAUGCUGAGCUCAGAGCCUCUGUUCAGAGACAAGU